CAUCCCGAGCGAGUCCCCUCAGAAGAAUUACCAGGAUAAUCUCAUACCACAGCUUAAAUCACCCAAGCUUCACAACAUACAGCAACAGUAAUGGCCUCCAAAGUUGCCGACCCCCGGAAUCUCCGCGACCAGUCCGUAGUGGCACACGGCUUCUGGCUCACAUUCCCCAGCGCUCCCCUCGCCAAAACCAUUCUUCAUCGGCCCUUCACAGAAAAGUCCAGAUUCAGCUGGGUUCUCAUUGACGCAGAGCAUGGAUUGAUCACGGAUAGAGAUUACUAUGACCUCACCAAUGCUGUUGCUUCGGAAGGCGCUGUCCCCAUCAUCAGAGUCCCCUGGGGUGAGGAAUGGAUGAUCAAACGAGCCCUUGACGCCGGUGCUCACGGCAUCCUCACGCCCAUGUGCCACACUGCAGCCGACGCAGCCAACAUUGUCAAGUUCUCAAAGUACCCACCCCUGGGAACCCGUGGCUUCGGACCGCUGUUCGCCACUCACUCAUUCCCGAGCGUACUGCCUGGCGAUGACUACGAAGCGGUCUCGCAGGAUGGAAUCAUAGUUAUGGUGCAGAUCGAGUCCAAGUCCGGUGUGGAGAAUGUGGAGGAGAUCGCUCGCGUUGACGGUCUGGACGGCAUUCUGAUCGGUCCUUUUGAUCUUGCCAAGCAAUUGAACGUCACUAGAGGCGGCGAGGAGCAUGAGGCUGCUAUCAAACGCAUCUUGGCUGCUACCAAGGCUGCCGGAAAGAGGGCGGCGAUCUUCUGUACCGGCGGUGUCGACGCUCGGGCUCGUAUAGAGCAAGGAUUUGAUAUGGUAUCUGUUGUUACCGACGUUGGACUAUUGGGUGACGCAAUGCAGAACGAGCUGGACAUUGCUACCGGUCAAAAAGAGAUCGACGGCUCCAAAGCCUCGGGAUCAGGAUACUAGAGGACUCGGCCAUGACUUAUGAUAGAACUUUCUUAUUUGUACAUGAACAACUUUGCGCAACAAACACCCGG